UAGACUAGAUUUUUUUGUAGCCAGUAUCGCUCUCUUUCUCUUCUUAUCCUCCAAACUUUUUGGUAACUACAUAUCUAGAUAUUUUUUUCAUCCAACCUUUUCAAUCAAAAUAAGUUCAACAAAACUUGAGUUUCAGCCAUGGCGUGUUCUCCAAACCCAAUCUCUGCACUUUCUUUCGCCAACCCAUCACUGCCCAAAAGGCCUUCUUCAUCUUCUUCUUUCUCUACUCUAAACGCUAAAGCCAUCGCUAAAGAAAUUUACUUCAACCAAGAUGGUUCUACAAGAAAGAAGCUUCAGGCAGGUGUGGACAUGGUGGCAGGGUUGCUUGGGGUGACAUUGGGUCCAAAGGGCAGGAAUGUUGUGCUUCAGAAUAGGUAUGGACCUCCCAAGAUCGUUAAUGAUGGUGAGACUGUUCUCAAAGAGAUUGAGUUGGAAGAUCCGGUGGAGAAUGUUGGAGUGAAACUGGUGAGGCAAGCUGGGGCAAAGACAAAUGACCUUGCUGGUGACGGUUCCACCACAUCUAUAAUACUUGCUCAAGGUCUCAUUGCCGAGGGUGUAAAGGUUAUUUCAGCUGGUAUGAACCCGGUUCAAAUUGCUCGUGGGAUUGACAAGACUGCGGCAGCCCUUGUUUCUGAACUCAAAAAGAUGUCCAGAGAGGUUGAGGAUCAUGAGCUUGCACAUGUGGCUGCAGUGAGCGCGGGGAAUGAUUACACAGUUGGGAACAUGAUUUCUGAUGCUCUUCACCAAGUAGGAAAAAGGGGUGUUGUCACAAUUGAGAAAGGGAAGUGCACAGAGAACAGCCUGCAAGUUGUGGAAGGAAUGCAGUUCGACCGCGGGUACUUGUCGCCUUACUUUGUCACCGAUCGACACAAGAUGGCCGUAGAGUUUCAUAACUGCAAGUUGCUUUUGGUCGACAAGAAAAUUGCAGAUGCGAAGGAGAUGUUUAGGAUUUUGGACAGUGCAGUAAAAGAGGAGUAUCCAAUUGUGAUAGUUGCAGAAGGUAUUGAGCAGGAAGCUCUAGCUCCAGUUAUUAGAAAUAAGCUCAAAGGUGUGAUCAAGGCAGCUGCCAUUAAGGCUCCAGCCUUUGGCGAGCGCAAGAGUCAUUACUUGGAUGACAUUGCCAUCUUAACUGGAGGCACUGUAAUCAGAGAUGAGAUGGGAUUGACUCUUGAAAAGGCUGGCAAGGAGGUAUUGGGCACAGCCACAAAGGUUGUGAUAACUAAAGAUUCUACACUGAUUGUUACUGAUGGAAGCACCAGGGAAGCAGUUGAAAAGAGGGUUACUCAAAUCCGGAGGCUCGUUGAGAACACUGAAGAGAAAUUUCCAAAGAAGAUCCUCAAUGAAAGAAUAGCAAGGUUAUCAGGGGGAAUUGCUAUUCUUCAGGUAGGAGCCCAAACACAAGUUGAGUUAAAGGAUAAACAACUUAGAAUUGAAGAUGCUUUGAAUGCAACAAAGGCUGCAAUAGAGGAAGGUGUUGUAGUUGGUGGUGGCUGCAGUCUUUUGAGGCUAUCAACAAAGGUGGAUGGUAUCAAACAAGUCUUGGAUAACGAUGAACAACGGAUUGGAGCUGAGAUCUUCAAAAGAGCUUUGAGUUAUCCAGUGAAACUAAUAGCCAAAAAUGCUGGUGCAAAUGGCAAUGUUGUUGUGGAGAAGAUUCUAGCAAGCGAUGACACCGGGUUUGGAUACAAUGCUGCAAAAGAUUGUUAUGAGGAUCUGAUGAAAGCCGGGAUCAUGGAUCCAUCAAAGGUAGUUAGAUGUUGUUUGGAGCAUGCAGCCUCCGUGGCCAAAACCUUUCUAACAUCCGACGCUGUUGUAGUCGAAAUUAAAGAACCACCGUCCAUUCUAAGGAGACUGCGAACACCAAUGCAAAUGCCGAUGCCGAUGCCACCACAAAUGCCGAUGCCGAUGCCACCGCAAAUGCCGAUGCCAAUGCCAAUGCCACCGCAAAUGCCGAUGCCAACUCAAACGCCAAUGAAAAGGCCAGUGCCAAUGCGAACUCCAGGUUUUGGACCUAUCGGUUUGUAAGAUGGCGGAUGGAUUCAGAUGGCUAUACUUGUUCAAAUUUCAAACCAUGCUUCCAAUUUGCACCCGCCAUUGUAAAUGUCAAAAGGGCUCUUACAAAAGUAAUGAGAAAAACAUUAAAAAAAAAAAAAAUGCAUUCAAUCUAAGAAAGUCGGAAUCCUCUGAAAUUUUUGCAUUGAGGAGAGAGAAUACCAUUUUGAUCGGGGUUUCUCUUGAAGGGCAAGUGUCUUCUGACAAUGUAAAUACUACAAUUUACACAGGAGCUACCAUAUGUCUGCCAUCCAAGAUUACAAGUUAUGGUUUGCUUGUCCUUGUACUCUAAUCAUAUAAUCUUAAGUUCUUCUCCUUCUUGUUCUUCUUCUUCU